UCUCCCCUGAAGCUUAAAGAAUGGAUAUCUUACUAAACUACAUGGACCAAGUGCUUUUCACUCCCUAUAUUUAUCCGGAUACAUGGCGGGAAGAUGAACCUCUCAGGCAGCUCAUUAACUUGUUUCUUAUAACCAACAUAGGUGGCGCUCUACUCUACUUAUCUUGUGCAACUGCUAGUUACUUUUUUUUGUUUGAUCAUCAGCUGAAAAAGCAUCCUCUUUUUAUUAAGAAUCAAGUGAAAUUAGAAAUUCAAUACACACUAUGGUCAGUCCCAUGGAUCAGUAUUCCCACUGUGGCGCUGUUUUUCCUGGAAGUGCGAGGCUACAGCAAGCUCUACGAUCAGAUUGAACAAUCGCCCUUAGGAUGGAUGAAAGAGCUAGCUAAUUUCGUCUUCUUCGUGCUGUUUACCGAUAUGUUGAUCUAUUGGAUCCAUCGGUUUCUUCAUCAUCGGACCAUUUACAAGCAUUUCCAUAAACCGCACCAUACAUGGAAGGUCCCGACACCGUUCGCCAGUCACGCUUUCCAUCCGGUGGACGGAUUCUUACAGAGCGCACCGUACCACAUCUACGUCUUUUUGUUCCCGUUGCACAAAGUGACUUACCUGGGACUCUAUGUCAUCGUCAACAUGUGGUCGACAUCAAUUCACGACGGUUUGUUCCUUGUACCCAAAGCCCUAAAGCCGGUCAUUAACGGGGCGUCCAAUCACACCGUCCAUCACCUCUAUUUCGAUUUCAACUACGGCCAGUAUUUCACACUAUGGGACCGCAUUGGUGGAUCGUAUCUCGACCCGUCCGUUAAACUACCAGAAGAAAAUAAAGUGUGGAAAAACAAGAUCAAUUAGAAAUAUUUUGAUUGUACAAAUAAGCUUUUUUCCCCGGAAUUUUUCCCGAUAGCCUUGAAGGCUAUUGAUGUAAUAGCCAAUUCAUGUCGACGACGUGAUGGCGAAUAUUUUGACAAAAUAAAUUCCUGGAAAAUGA